AUGAGCACCGUUAGUAGGAAGAGCCUUCCAUUGCCUGCGCCGACCGAGACCGACGAGACGACCACUCCCACGGAGCUGACCGCCGACAUCUCCAAGCUUGGCGAUGAGAAAUCGGGCUACUCGCUACAAGAUGAUGGCCCUACAGGCACCAUCAGCAGUCGCGGCUACCGAAGCCAUCAGCGCUCUCAGACAUCUGUGCUGAUUGAGUAUUUCGAAGGCAGCAGAACCGGGAGCUCGACCAGCCGCAAGCCCAGCGUACGAGUGCGGCUCACCCCCUCCUCCUCCAAAAGGGGCAAAAGGGAUCAUAGCAUCAAAGUGACGGAGACGAAAACUUCCCGCAAAACUUCGCUGACUCGACGCAUCCCUCUGGAAGAUGGGAUCCCGUCGCGUGAGCUUGAGGUACCUGGGGUCGACGCCGACGGUCAUAGCGUGACGUCGUAUGCAUCGGCCACUGAAGAGUCUACCGUCUCACGGAAUCCCAUCGACAUAGAGAUCACACAGGAAAAACAGCAGCCGCAGCGACGCCGCCGCCCUGCCAGUCCUCUUAUUCCGACUAGCGAGAGAGAAUCUUACCCCCCCGCCAAUGGAUCGGAGAUUUCUGCCAUCGCCACAGACAGCUUCUUGGAUGGCUCCGGACCUGGAGGGGAUCUAGGCUCGGGUGAGCACCUGGACGAAACUUUGGAUGAUACCCGGGCUACCAAAACUCGUUCCAAAGAUCGUUCUUCCAAAUCUUCAUCGGAUAAACCCAAGGACAAGGAGCGAAAGCGACGAUCAAAGAGUCGGAGCAUUAGCGAGCUUCCAACCGAGGAGACAUACACCUCCUCCCGGCGUCGCUCCAGUCGAAGUCGCCACUCGGAGUCACACGUACCUCAAAUUCCUGCCGCCGAUUCAAGUGUCCUGUCGUCAAACCUGGCCCCAAGCCAUCGCUCCAUGGACACCCGCUCCAUGCGCUCCGGAGCAUCGAAAUCUUCAAUCAACAACCCCAAGCUACUAGAAACCGUCGAAGAUGCCAUUCGGAGAUUAAUUUUGCCAGAAUUGAGUGCCCUCAAGCGAGAGCAGAGCAAACGGGAAGGCCGAGAACGACGCGCCUCCUUUACUUCCACAGGCACUUCUGCCUCAAGAGAGGACAUCACAGUAGACCGCAGGCGGUCUGCAAGUCAGAGACCCGAGUCGAUAAGAGACAAGGACGCCCUCAAGGAGAAUUCUAAGCCCAAAGAAAGACGGAAUCGUGAGGCUCGUCACGACUACGACGACUUGCACAGCCCCAGCCUGGAUUCCAUUGAGGCAGAUUACCGUCUCCACGAUGACGGCAACACGCCAAAGAGAAGUGGUAACCUGGCCAAGGCUGCGCUCGCUGGCGCCACUGGCGCGGCAGCAGCUAAAGCAUUGUCCAGCGGAACAGAUGAUCAUUCAGAGGCUGGCGAGAAGAGGCAUCGCGAGAGACGCAGAAGGAGAACAGAGUCUAGAGCGAGAAGCCAAAGCCUAGGCCGUGAACGAUAUGCGGAAGAAUAUGACGAUGAGGAAGAGCCGCCGCCCGCGCCGCCAAUGCCGCUCAUGAGCGAGAUUAACCCGUCGGAGAUGACACGAACUUCAAUCUUGUCUGCCGAAUCCGAUGGACCAAUGUCAGCCACUGAAGAAAUUGCUCCUUUGGGAAGCCAGCAACGGGAGAUGGCCUCGCCGUCGUCCACGCCAACCCCUUCCAGAACACCCACAAACGUUGACCAAGCACUUGGCAGGAGCCACGCCAAUGUAUCGCACGGCGACUUGACUGCUCUACCACGUGGUAAGAAGGAGUAUAACCAGUCCAUUGAAUAUGAGACGGACGAGUUUGGCAACAAGAUCCCCGUCCACUAUGACAAUUACGACGGCAGCCCUCGUGAUGUUGACCAAGGCGAAUACCCAGAUGACGGAUACGAAGAUGCCUACUACAAUACACAGGAUGUUCCCCCUCCUCUGAAAUACGUCCCAUAUCAGGCUGGCGCGCGUGGCCUAAGCCCGAUCCCCAGCGUGUCUGGUUUCACAGAGGUUGAUGGGGAGACGCCGAAUAGGAACUCCAGAGGCGAAAACUAUUCGUCCAUCAAGUCUCGUGGCUCAUUGCAGUCGCUUGAGUCUGUCCCGAGUAACUUGAGGAGCAGGGAAUUUGAUCUUGCGUCAUCGGCAGCCGGUGGGAAUACUAUCUACUCGGAAGAUUCCCAGCUCGGACAGACGGCUGCAGGAAAGCCUGUCCGCGGCAUUGCUGCCAACCCUAACAUCAUUCACCCCGUCAUUGCGGCCGAGUCUGCCGUGGCCUCAUUGAUUGGUGAGUCGAUGCUUGAUCAAUCCGUCUUGACAGGUGUAUACAGCGGGGCUGGAGACUCCAACCUCUCUUACGAUGAGCGAUCCAAGCUCCAGAGCAGCCGUGAUGUGAGCCCAGACAAAUAUUCUGGCAUGAACCGCCAAGAGUACGACGAUGACCGACAGGCGACUCCUGGCCAAUCGCAUGACUACAUGGAGUAUGAGCUUGAUGAGAAUGGACGCAAGGUGCCUCGCACCAAGUACCGCCAAUCCCCUACCUCAUCCGAGGCUGCCAUCACCGCGGGUGCCGUUGGUGCUGCCGCCGCCGCUCUUAAGGCGGCCCAGGAGAGAAAACAAGCCACCGUUGAGGAUGCUGCCGAGGGCGACUUUGAGCCGGCCGGAGUGUUCCGCAACAAGUCGUUCAAGGAGCGCGCGAUGGAGGGCUGGAAGCCGCGAAACACCCCCACUCAUAGCCUGGACAGGCUUGACUACGAAGCCGCUCCCCCAAUGGAAGCUAGCAGUGUUCCUGAUCAAGAUCAUCCUAUCCCUGAGGUUGGCUACAUUGAUGAUGAUUUACAGACCAACCCGUCAAUCCUGCAAGAUGAGAUUGCCCCUGGUAUGUGGUCUGGCAAGGCCACUCCUACAGAAUAUGGACAGGUUAUUCCCAAAUCCCAGUCUGAUGAGGAAAUGCGAGAUGCUCAUCUUGACGAUGCUGCCCGCCUUAGUAGGGAGCCAAGCCAGGAGGACGAGUGGCGGAGAACAUCAGCUGAGCGGAAGCGCGAUACUCUGCUCACGAACCCGUACGAAGAUGCCAGCCCGGUUGCGAACCCGGCGCUCAACGACCACCUGCUUGGCUCUCGUGGUCUCGGUUUUAGCACUGGCAGCCCGGGUUUCAAGUACGACGAGGGAUACAUGUCCAACGGCCCCAACCGAACGCCAGAUGUCGAGCCCAAGGGCAAGGCAAUCCAAAUGGCUGGCCCGUCAAACUACAUGGCUGGUGGAGAUCCCUUCUACGGAUCUCAGGAUAACAACCGCGCUCUCAGUGGCAUGUCUCAAGGCAUGGCCUCGCCAUUCUAUGAUGCCUCUACGGGCGGCGGCAUCGAGCGUAUCGAAAACAAGGACAUUGUUGCCUUGAUGCAACACCUCAUGGUUCGUGAUGCACAGCGAAGUGCCCGCGACACGGAGAUUGUCGCGCUGCUCAUGAACGCUGCGAUUGAGAUGCGCAACUCGUUCCGCGAUCUGAAGGAGCUGGUUCAGGACACUGGAGACGAUGUCAUCUUUGCUAAUUCCGAAAACACUGAUAAGCUUCAGAAGGCCAUCAACGGGCCUCGACCUUACCCCGGCCCCCGUUCUGUGCAGAGCGGCUCCAUCGGUGGCACCACCAUGGACGACGUCACUGUCAAGAAGAAGGCUCUGUGGAAACGAGCCCUCCAAGGCCUCAGCGCCAAGGGCACCAACGAUCUCACUCGCAUUGAGGACAUGCUGAUGCAGCUCCUCGGAGAGGUGGACGUUCUCAAGACACAGACGGCGCAGCCCAUCUCCGCCAGGGUCUCUACCAGCGGAGCGGGACAGUCUUUUGACAAUCUCCAGCCAGAGGGACAGUAUGAGCACGACAAAGGCUAUGAGCCCGAAGGCAACUCAACCACGAGCCAUGGCAGCCAAUCGCAGGGGCAGCGCAAGUUCUCAGAUCAUCGCAUCGACACCGUACCCGAACACGAGGAUGAGUACGAGUAUGAUCACCCUACUCCGACAGCAGAGCGAACUCAAAUCAUCCCUCCGAUGAGCCCCAUGGACCGUGAGGUGCAUCGUGCCGGAUCGCUCCCAACAGAUGGUGCGGCACCAGUCUCUGACCAGGGGUAUGACCAGCCGCACAGCGCUGAUAACACGCCUCGUAGCGACAAGGGAAGGAAAGGCAAGUCGGGAAGCAAGAGCUGGUUCCCCAAGAUCUCCCGCUGGUCUGGAACGACGGCAUCUACCGUGAGCAAGGCGCUGCGCGGAAACCCCAAGAAGGAUGGCGAGGAUGAUGUGCUGCAGUCCCGAUCAGGGUCCAGCAUGGCUUCGCGCGAUGAUCUCUACCCUCUCGACACGUAUGGCGAUGACAGACUCCACUCCGGGUAUCUACCUGAGGGAGGACGCCUUGCUCCGCCCCACGAGAUUCACGAAUCGUCAGCACCCAUUGUGCCGACCUUUGCUACGCCAGAGGAUCCCAAAUACAAGGCUCACCGCAACUCGCUCAACUUGAUGCACCCUCAGCCCAGAACAGGACAGACGGAGCGCUUCCGAACCGCCCUGGAGCAUUCUGCUCAAGACUUUGAUGCCCCAGCGACGCCUCGGUCCGCUGACUGGGCAGGCUCUAUGAACAGCCUUAACCGCCUCAAUGGCACCGCUGCCGGGCGCUACGGCAACGAGGGCGGAGAUUACUGGCCUGCCGCUCCUCCUCAGCAGCAAAACACUGGUCCGGCUCGGCCACCCAAGGAGCCCAUCAACUCAUCUCAGCAGACGCCGCCCAGAUCUACGCGAGUCUCGAACCUGCAAAAGGGCAGCCCCAUGGGCCCUCAGAGCUACGAAAGUGGCUACGCAAGCGGCACCGGCACACACUCCAGCCAAUACAAUAGCAUGAGCCCCAAGCCGGAGAACAAGAACUUGAACGCUGCCCUUGGCGUGCCAUCACGCAGGCCUAGUGGCCCCAGAGCGAUGACACCCAAGAAUCCAGAUGACGACGCAGCCCGAGAGGACAGGCGGAGAAAGAGAGACACAUUCGGCAGCAUGACAAGCCAGAACACCCAAGAAACGGAUACGUUUUAG